UUGAUGUAGAUUCGAGCAAAGUACAGACUCUCUGAUCCAAUCAGCGCUGCCGCUUGUGACGUCAGAAUCCAGAUAUCUGACCCGCAAACCAGGAAGUGCGGCUCAGUCUCCGAGUGUAACAGAGAUCGGCGCUGCUCUCUCGGGAUGUCGGGACUGGCCUUCGCAGCUCUCGUUCUUUGUCUCCACAUAACGGCGGGUGAGUCCCAGCAGUUUACUACUAUCGUUGAGCACAGCGAGAUAAAUGUCGCCGUUGGGGGUACGUCGCCAGCUAGUAGCCCCCAAACCUCAGCGACCGUCAAUCUACGUGCCACUGGUGAGUCCCAGCAGUUUACUACUAUCGUUGAGCACAGCGAGAUAAAUGUCGCCGUUGGGGGUACGUCGCCAGCUAGUAGCCCCCAAACCUCAGCGACCGUCAUUCUGCGUGUCACUGAUCCAGUGGCAGUGACCGGGGUUACCGUGGUGACCAAUGAUUCCGCUCCUCUGGAAAACCUCGAUACCAUCGCACUGAGUUGUGACGCGUCGGGCGCUGUUCAGACACGGACAUGGUUCAAGGAUGACCAACCCAUCCAGGAAAACGGCAGAAUAUUUACAUCUACCGACAAGGCGAAACUGACUAUAAUCGGUGUGAACAGAAACGACGCAGGGACGUACAAGUGUAUCGCCAGCAAUUCCAUCAGCAGUGGCACUGGAGAGACCUACGUGCAAGUCUACUAUGGAACAGAGAAGGUCAGAAUUGUACCGGAGCGUCCAGUUGUGUCCAAUAUUGUGUCAAACCUGACAUUAACUUGCUUUGCUCUGUCAGUCCCCUGGGGUAUAUAUGCAUGGUACAACGGGAACAAUCUCCUGCAGACAGGGCAGGAACUCACCCUUGUGUCAAUGAGCUCGGUUAACGUGGGGAGUUAUACAUGUCGCGUUACUAACGACGUAACCAAGAGGAGCAGUAACCUCACUGUCCAUGUUACCGCACAAGGAGCAAAAACAGAUGAAAGUUGUACCCUCACCUCUGGCGCGAUCGUGGGCAUUGUACUUGGCUUCAUUGGCGUGGGCCUGAUCGGCGGAGUCAGCGGAUGGUUGAUCGCGAGGAAAACGGGAGGGAUCAAAGAUCCACCGCAAUCCAAACUCGAUACGAGCAUCAAUUCCGGAAGAACAAGCCCCUUGGACACAGAGACCGUGAACGCAUCGCCAAACUACGAAAACUUCCCAAGGAAUGAACAGGACACAAGUAACAAUGCAGAAGAUGGAAACUCCACUUACACGGGACUGGUUCUGGGCGAUCGAUCUGUUUACAGUGAUCUGAAGAGAUGACGUCACUGGUGAAUAGAAGAGGACGGUUGGCCGGGAAUUCACACAUGAGACGGACAACCCUCGUGGAAGAAGCCACCGUUCAAAACGUCUCUCACUUUUGAUCUACAACCGUUAUCCAUGUCUCCGUCUUUUGUCUCUCCAGUGUCACAUUAUCGCUUUAAGAACUGUUUCUGCAUUAUCGCUUUAAGAAUUGUUCAAGCUGCCUCACAGCAGCCAACUUCCGUUUAAGUUAGUCGUUUGUUUACUUUUGGGUUUUUUU